CAAGAAAACUCAACGAGGAAACCAGAGGCUUCGUCUAAUAUCAUCGCCAAGCAUCCUGCACCAAACUGGGGUACAAAUCGCAACUGGCCUUGGUACACCACCAACUACCCAAGAUGGGGUACAACUCUGUACAGGCCGAGGUACACCACCAACUACCCAAGAUGGUGGACAACACAAUACAGACCUUGGUACACCACCAACUACCCAAGAUGGAGGACAACAAACUACUGGCCGUGGUACACUACCAACUACCCAAGAUGGGGUACUACUCCCAACUGGCCGUGGUACACCACAAGUAAUCCUCAAUGGUGGACAAAUCUAUGCAACCCGUGGUACACUACGAGUUACCCAAGAUGGAGAACGAAGCAUUACAGACCUUGGUAUACCACAAGUUACCCUAGAUGGAGGACAAAUAGUUACAGACCUUGGUAUACUACAAGCUACCCUAGAUGGAGGACAAAUAGAUACAGACCGUGGUAUACUACAAGCUACCCAAGAUGGAGGACAAAUAGAUACAGGCCGUGGUAUACUACAAGCUACCCAAGAUGGAGGACAACUAGAUACAGACCCUGGUAUACUACAAGCUACCCAAGAUGGAGGACAAAUAGAUACAGACCGUGGUAUACUACAAGCUACCCUAGAUGGAGGACAAAUAGAUACAGACCGUGGUAUACUACAAGCUACCCAGGAUGGAGGACAACUAGAUACAGACCCUGGUAUACUACAAGCUACCCAAGAUGGAGGACAAAUAGAUACAGACCGUGGUAUACUACCAGCUACCCAAGAUGGAGGACAAAUAGAUACAGACCGUGGUAUACUACAAGCUACCCAGGAUGGAGGACAACUAGAUACAGACCCUGGUAUACUACCAGCUACCCAAGAUGGAGGACAAAUAGAUACAGACCUUGGUAUACUACAAGCUACCCAAGAUGGAGGACAACUAGAUACAGACCCUGGUAUACUACCAGCUACCCAAGAUGGAGGACAAAUAGAUACAGACCGUGGUAUACUACAAGCUACCCAAGAUGGAGGACAACUAGAUACAGACCCUGGUACACCACCCAGUACCCGAGGUGGUGGGCAACACCUUGCUACAAUCCAUGGUACACCACCCAGUACCCAAGAUGGUGGACAACACAGUACAGACCUUGGUACACUACCCAGUACCCAAGAUGGUGGACAACACAAUAUAGACCUCGGUACACUACAUGGCAUCCAAGAUGGUGGACAACACAAUAUAGACCUUGGUACACCACUCAGUACCCAAGAUGGUGGACAACACAAUAUAGACCUCGGUACACUACCUGGCAUCCAAGAUGGUGGACAACACAAUAUAGACCUCGGUACACUACCUGGCAUCCAAGAUGGUGGACAACACAAUAUAGACCUCGGUACACUACAUGGCAUCCAAGAUGGUGGACAACACAAUAUAGACCUCGGUACACUACCUGGCAUCCAAGAUGGUGGACAACACAAUAUAGACCUCGGUACACUACCUGGCAUCCAAGAUGGUGGACAACACAAUAUAGACCUCGGUACACUACAUGGCAUCCAAGAUGGUGGACAACACAAUAUAGACCUCGGUACACUACCUGGCAUCCAAGAUGGUGGACAACACAAUAUAGACCUCGGUACACUACCUGGCAUCCAAGAUGGUGGACAACACAAUAUAGACCUCGGUACACUACAUGGCAUCCAAGAUGGUGGACAACACAAUAUAGACCUCGGUACACUACCUGGCAUCCAAGAUGGUGGACAACACAAUAUAGACCUCGGUACACUACCUGGCAUCCAAGAUGGUGGACAACACAAUAUAGACCGUGGUUCACCACCCAUAGACCAACACGUGAUGAAGGAGGUAUUAUUGGUUGAUAAAUUACUUUUGACUCAUCAAUACCGAUCUCUGUCCUUGAAAGGUACGUAUAUCUUUUAUAUUGAGAGAUUUUAUCCGUCAUCUUCAUCGUCACUAUCAUCAUAAUCAUUAUCAUCAUCA